ACUGUUGCAUGUCUUUCUCUUUUCCAGGCAAAAACUAAUUAUUCCAAAUGGAAGUUGCCCUGUUAUUCUGAAUACUUACUUUUGUGAGAAAGUUGUUGCCAAAGAAGAUUCAGAAAAAACUUGUGAAGUGUACUGUCCGGACAUACCCCUUCCAAGAAGAAGCAUCUCUUUGGCCCAGAUGUUUGUAGUUGAGGGUCUAACAAAUAAUUCACCCGAAAUUCAGGUCGUGUGUAGUGGUAUAGCCACCACGGGGACAGCCUGGACCCACGGGCAUAAAGAAGCAAAACAACAUAUUCCAAUUGGUGCUCCCCUGAGGGAUUCUCUCUUGGACGUGGUGGAAAGCCAGGGAGCUGCCUUGUGGUCGGGAGCUGGGGUCCGAGUGGUGGUGCAAAGAGUGUACUCUCUUCCCAGCAGAGACAGCACCAGGGGUCAGCAGGGGGCCAGCUCAGGACACACAGAGUCAACUGGAACUCGAAUCUGCCUUCUAGUACAAGAUGCCUGUGGAAUGUUCGGUGAAGUACACUUGGAGUUCACCAUGUCGAAGGCAAGACAGUUGGAAGGGAAGUGUUGCAGCCUGGUGGGAAUGAAGGUUCUACAGAAAGCCACCAGAGGAAGGACAGCAGGGAUCUUCAGUCUGAUUGACACCCUGUGGCCCCCAGCGGUAACUCUGAAAACACCUGGCCGUGACCAGCCCUGUGAAGAGAUAAAAACUCAUCUACCUCCUCCAGUCUUAUGUUACAUCUUCACAGCUCAACCGUGUCUGGGACAAAUUGAUAUAAUUGACGGAGACCCCAUUUCUAACCUUUACCAGCCUCCAGUUACUCGCUGCUUAAGAGACAUUCUCCAGAUGAAUGAUCUUGGUACCCGUUGCAGUUUCUAUGCCAGGGUGAUUUAUCAAAGACCACAGCUGAAGAGUCUGCUUCUUCUGGAGCAAAGGGAGAUCUGGCUACUGGUGACUGACGUCACCCUGCAAACAAAGGAGGAGAGUGACACCAGGCUCCCCAAAACCCUGCUGGUCUAUGUGACCCCCUUGUGUGUGCUGGACUCUGAAGUCCUGGAGGCACUGGCUGGGACCGCCCCUCACAGCAUUUUCUUCAAAGAUGCUCUCCGAGACCAGGGUCGGAUUGUUUGUGCUGAAAGGACUGUGCUCUUGCUUCAGGAGCCCCUUUUGAGUGUGGGCUCUGGCGUAAGCUCCUGUGAGCUGCCUGGCCCGGUGACGCUCGACAGCCUGGACUCUGCCACACCUGUCAACUCCAUCUGCAGUGUUCAAGGCACUGUGGUUGGCGUGGAUGAGAGCACUGCUUUCUCAUGGCCUGUGUGUGACCGGUGUGGCAACGGGAGAUUGGAACAGAGGCUGGAAGACAGAGGCGCCUUUUCCUGUGGGGACUGCUCCCGGGUGGUCACAUCUCCUGUUCUCAAGAGGCACCUGCAGGUCUUCCUGGACUGCCGCUCAAGACCCCAGUGCAGAGUGAAGGUCAAGCUGUUGCAGCGCAGCAUUUCUUCCCUGCUGAGGUUUGCCGCCAGUGAGGAUGGGAGCUACGAAGUGAAGAGUGUCCUCGGAAAGGAGGUGGGGUUGUUAAAUUGUUUUGUCCAGUCCUUAACCACCCACCCCACGAGCUGCAUUGGACUGGAGGAAAUCGAGCUUCUGAGUGCCGGGGGGGCCUCUGCAGAACACCAGCAGUGGCCGCAGGGUCUGUGAACUUUGCAAUGUGGCUGCGAGGGUGAUGCUGCUGGUAAUCUGGGGUAGUUAUUUGUUAACUAUGAACACAGUGAACAGAGUUUACAAUCUUGAAACUUAGAUUUUACUGAGGAAAUGUUAAGAUGUAAGUUUUGUAAACUUAUAAAUCAAAAUACCCUUUAAUACAGUUAUGUUUUUUAUUUUCUACAAAUUUAUGGACAUAUUGACUUGUUUUCACGUUGAAUCUUAAGCUUGAGCUCAUUUAGUAUUUUAUGCAGUAUCAGAAAAAAUUCUGUUCAUUUGCAAUUUUAACACGUUGAACAUUUUACCAUGAUUGAGCAUGUGUUUCUUACCGUAUGUUUUAACAUUCCCCCAAAGAGUACCCUGCAAAGUGUAACUUUUGUCCUAUAUUGUGAUAUUACUGUUCUGCUACAAUAAAUGUCAAACCUAAGUAUUUUGCAAUUCACUACUUCGGGAAAAUUUUCCAGGGAACUGUAUCAGAGGUGAAAUUGUUACCCAUAAAGUGUAGCUAUCUGAA